UUUGCCCCGAUAAACGAAUCUAAGCCGGCUAAUUUUAUUUAAUUUUAUUUCAUUUCCAUUUUAAAUUUGACUGCGUGAGGAUCGGACGAGAUGGAUGCGGCAGCCGACGUAAGUACAAGCACCAAGGAGGCUAAGGAGUCGGAAUCGAGCAUUGACCUGCUGGUCAUUGUGUUGGAUACGAAUCCAUCUCAGCGCAUAGUGCGUCAAAACCCACAGAACCUCACCCAAAUCCUGGAGGCAAUGAUAGCCUUCGGCAAUGCUCAUCUUAUGCAGAAGGCUCAAAAUAAAUUGGCAGUCAUAUCCUGCUCACAUCAUGCAUCGAAUUUCCUGUACCCACUACCAGGACGUCAGGUUGAAGUACGUCAGAUUGAUGGUCAAUAUGAGGUAUUCAGCCAGGUGGAGAAGACAAUCAAACAGCAAUUGGGCAAUAUACUGAUGAAUGCUCCUCGUCUGUCUGCCCCUUGUGAGAGUUUGCUAGCCGGGAGCAUAGGCCGGGCCCUUUGCUACAUAUCGAGAUUGCAGCGCAAUACACCACCUGGGAUUAAGAUGCACUCUCGCGUUCUCGUUCUGACGGGCAGCAAUGAGUGCUCAUCCCAGUACAUGACAUUCAUGAAUGUCUUUUUCACAGCCCAAAAACUGGGCAUUGUCAUCGACACUUGUUCCUUAGAAAAUCCUGUCAGUCUAUUGCAGCAGGGUUGUGAUAUAACCAGUGGCCAGUUCCUGAAAGUCACCCAACUGGAUGGUCUCUUACAGUAUUUACUCUGGGUCUUCCUCCCAUCUCCCCAGAUGCGUCACAAAUUGGUUUUGCCGCCGCCACCCAAAGUGGAUUACCGCGCCUCCUGUUUCUGUCAUCGCGAGUUAAUCGACAUUGGCUACGUUUGCUCUGUCUGCCUAUCAGUCUUCUGCAAGUAUAGCCCCAUCUGCACCACAUGCCAUACCGUGUUCAAGGCUCCGGCUGCACUGCCACCCAAGGGGAAGAAAAAAAAGAAGACGGAAAAGUAAAUGUAGUCGUGAAUGUCACAUCCGACGAGAAGAUGAAUCUUUUUUUUUUUUUGUCUUAAGCACAUUCUAAUGCUCUUUAUAACUUUCCAAAAUACAAACAAGAAAUAGUCAAAAUA